AUGAUGCCAAACAACAGCAGAGGGAACGUGCAAAAUCAUCGUCAAAAUAGUUACGACAACAGUAACAGUUUUCCCCGCCGCGGUGGUGGAUAUGACAACGGUCGCGGUGAAUACAAUAGUGGUCGCGGCGGAUAUGAUGGUAGUCGUGGGUAUAACGGAUAUAGUAGAUUUGGCCAGCAGCUAGACCUAAAAGUUAGCAACUUGCAGUCCAAUGCUACAUUGACUGAACUGAGAGAAUUUUUCUCCGGUUACGGCCAUUUAGAUAAAAUCACUAUGGACACAAGUGGAUUAGGCACUGUCUUCACGGGGACAGUAUAUCUCGUCUACAAACCUCGCCCAAAAACGGAUUUUUGGAAACACAAUAUAAGAUUUCAUGGCAAGAAAUUGCGGAUAGAGAUUACAUCCAGACCUGGAACAAACUUCUCAAGUGAAAGCAGAAAUCAAGAUUUCCUGUUGGCCGAGUCUUUGGAAAUGGGUGUAUUCCUUGAAUUGAACACCUUCGUUAAAGAGUGGAAAACAGACAAUGAUGUAAAGUUUAAGCUGAAUUACGCAAGACGCAGCUUUGAAGUUGAAUUUGGUUUCACUAGAGGGAACGGAGGUAAGACGUAUAGAUUCCGACUGGAAACUUAUUUUAACGACGUCGAGGGUGAGUUCCAUACAGAACUCGAUACACAGAACGAGCGCGCGGUAACUACAAUACGAACCAAGUAUCCGCCAAAACUAUCCUUCCUGGACAAGAACCUUAAGACGAACAAUCAAUUUACAUGGAAUUUGAUGGAGUGUUGGACAAGGAAGACGGCUCUCCGGGUAGAAAAGCUUAGCGACGAAGAGAUGCAACAACCGACGAUGCCUUCAUAUCCAAAAGCUACAGGUGAAGAACUUGGAAGAUGGUACGCGUACAGGAUUACGUUCAUCCAGGAUAGUGGAGUCGACAACCUUAAACGCGUGUUGUUAAAAGCUGCUGGUUACAAUCUUGUACCAAAGGAAGCCAUGUUUUCCGGACACAUAACGAUGAUUGAUGGAAGCAACCUGAAAAAAUAUGUUGAUAGGUCAAUGCUGGACUUUGAUGUACUUUACAUGUUGGAAUGUAAUAUUACGCAUGGUUACUUACAUGAUUACAAUCUCAAUAACGAAUUCAUGGACUUGCUUGCUCGACAAAAGAAAGAGACAGCUCUUAGCAUUUUACAUAAAUUCCACCAGCGUAAACUGAGAAUUUAUGAUCCUCUUUCACACUUGAAACUUGAAGUUGCAAAGCUUCAAGGCGGUGACAAUCGGCAAGAGACGGUACCCUCGUACUGUGUCAUGAUGCGAAAAGUUGUCAUUACCCCUUCUAAGAUGUAUAUAUUGCCGCCGACCAUAGAAACUAGCAAUAGAACAAUAAGGUACUUUAAAGACCACAAGGAACGUUUCCUAAGGGUCCAAUUCAAUGACGAAAACGGAAGGCUUCCAUCGGCGAAUGGAGAUAACCAUGUCGCAGCCUACAAUCGGGUUCACCGUACUCUCAUGAACGGGAUUCAGAUUGGAAAUAGGAAAUACGAAUUUUUGGCCUUCUCUUCAAGCCAGCUACGAGAUCACGCUCGUAUUACGAAACGUGCAUAUGAUGCGGAUGUACGCGGUCUGAUGAAUCAAUAUGGUGUUAUGACUGAAUACGAGGUUGUUAGUGGAUUCAUAAUCAACGCUAUCGUAAAGGCGGAUCAUAAGAAGGUGCGUGAAAUACAGAGAGCGGUCAGUGAAGCGAUGGUUGGUAUUCGACGUAAUUACCGCCAAAAAUUCGAGAAGGACAUCUUUGCUGAAUAUUCUGUAAAAUCAGCAGCCGAGGCCAAAAACCAGGCGUAUAUUAAGAGCAACCUGGAAGCUAAGGCCUGUGCUUGGUAUUAUGUUACUUAUCAUCAGAGCGAGAGAGGUGAUUAUCGUAAUGAUAACAUGAUUUCCUUCCCGUGGACGGUUGACGACCAUUUGUGUGACAUAGCCAUUCGCAAUGCUGCUGGCCGAGUUGAAUCUUCAAAUAGUGUUUAUCGCGGAUCAACUACGAAUACGUCGUAUCAGCGACCAUCAUCAGCAAGACCUAAUGGCAGCUAUAGUUCACAAAUAGAAAGAAUAGUAAAUGUUAACCUCCCAGCUGGUGAUGGUGGGAUAUCUAGAAUUCGGCAGUCGUUGCAACGGAACGGAUUGUAA